UAAUUAAGAAAAAAGAUUUUUUGGGAAAACAUUUCCCUCAAUACGCAAGAAAUUAGGUUACAUGUUAGGAACAAUCACCGUUAAAAGCAACAGAAAGAAUGGACACGUUAGUUAUCUGGACAGCUGACAUCCACACACGACUCCAUUAGUAACCAAUGGAUACCAUUCAACCACGAGAAUGAAUCCGGUAUAUAAUCCCUCCAGCUCCUAUCAAUUUUCUUAGUUCAUCUCUAAUGAAGCUAACGUUCAUACUGAUAUGUGCCACUAUCGUGGUGACGAACCACGUACAAGGAAGCAUGAAGUAUGGUUCAUCACCUCUGUUCGAGAAUAUUUUCCUGUCGUCAGAUUUUGAUCAGAAAAAUUUGGCAGGAUUGACAGAACCGGAGUCGAUCAAUUGCUUCCCGCCGGCAGACCGUCACCACAGAUAUGAGUGGGCUGGUGGAUUCAACCAGAAUCAUAUCCUAGAUGAGCUGGAGAAGACCAAUGAAGGAACAAACGACGAAAAUGAUCCGGAUGCUGAAGUAACCGAUGACAAUCAAUUGAAAAAACGAAGUGAAAAGCCUGUAGAGCUAUCGUCGGAUUUACUCUCGCAGUACCCAACAUCGUGUGCUUGCCAGACCAAGUACGAAUUGCUAGAUUUAGGAUAUGCACAUUUUCCUCGGUACAUCGUUAACGCUAUUUGUCAGAACCGUAACGUCAACAGUCGCAAAUGUUGGCGCGGAUCCCGCUGCAAAGAGAUUCCCUACAAAGUGCGCGUUCUCACAAAACGUGCGGAAGGCGAAACUAUUGAACAGGAUCACCACUCAACGCUGCUCCCGGAACCGCUGCGAGACAUAUGGCGUUUCAGAACCGUCACCAUAGCAGCUGCUUGCCAAUGUUCGGUUUGAAUGGGUGGAACAAUGUCGUCAACAAAUAAUUGUACCUUUCCGUCGUAUGCCGCAGAUUUCAUCGACAUUUUAAUGAGAAAUCAUGUGUAACGAGCAAUAAUAGAAAAUUGCACGUUUCUGAAUGAAUGUAUAUGGGUUAGGCCAAAGAUUAAGCCAUUUCAGUGGUAAACUUCUCAAACAAUGCAGAUAAAAAAGGGAAUUAAAGAACAUA